AUGGAUGCAGCGGCGUGGCCAGUGCCGAAGGUGCUGUCUUGGUUGAAGCUUGAAGGCCAGAUUGAGCAUGAAGAAUUCGCCAAAACAUUCAAUACAGGGCUGGGCACGGUGAUGGUCGCCGGUCAAGAGCAUGUGACGGAGACCACGGAAGAGCUCAGGAAGGCAGGAGAGACGGUGUACAAGGUUGGAAGUGUGGUAGAGGGAAAAGGGGGCGGAUGUGUGCUGAAACAUCUAGAUGCAUGGGAUCAAACGUGGUGGCCAUUUCGCAUUUACAUGUAUAGACACCCAGGUUUUCUGCCAACAAUGGGGCGUUGGCUACUAUUCCCCGGGACUCUCUAA